AUGGAUAAAAUGCACAAACGAUGUGGAUCAAAUUCAGAUAAUAAAUUAACUCCAAAACAAUUCAGACAAGAACAACAAAAUACUGCCAAAAUAACGAGGCUUGAUGAUCUCUGUACUGAUAUUGUGUACGAAUUAUUUGAAUAUUUCAAUGUCAACGAAUUGUAUCUCUCGUUCUAUAAUUUAACUUCAAGUAUGAAGCACAUCAUUGACAAUUAUUCUCUACCACUACAUGUUGAUCUAUCAAAACGCGAUUCAUUUAAUUACUUUUCUGAAUUUAUCGUACCACAUCUGAUUGCUUAUCCAAAGCAAGUUACAUCAUUGAAACUUAGUUCUAUUAUCACGUAUCCUUUCACCCUAUCGAUACAUUUUCAAUCCUUAAGAGCUUUGACUCUCCUUCGAAUGUAUUCUAAAAACAUGAUUCCGAUACUGAAGCAAUUUCCUCAAUUAUCCUAUGUAUACAUUGGUAAUCAUAGCAGACAUUCAAAUGGACUGAUCACAACAAUAUUAAAAAUACCAACACUAAAAACAUUUAUUUUUAAAUCAUUAACACAUCUACAAAAAUUACCAUUAACAACACGCAACACAUCGAAUAUCGAACAUUUAUCGAUUAGAAUGAAUAGUCAUUCGUUGUGUGUUUUACUACUUCAGUUACCAAAAAUUCGAUAUUUAAAUAUUGAUAUUAGUUAUAGUUAUGAUUACGACGGUGUUAUGUUCGAUAUUCCAGUAAUGUCAUGUUUAACCAAAUUAAAAAUGGAAAUAGGUCGCUUUCCAGCUAGCUUUGCAAAUCAAUUAUUUAAAAGGGCUUCCAAUCUUCAAUAUUUGCAUUUCGUUGGAACCACUUCUGAUAAAAAAUGUUUAGAUUCUACUCAAUGGACAAAUUUGUUAUUCUCUAUUAUCGAACAAUUGAAAAGAAUAAAACUCAAUUUACAUUAUUCGAAUUUAAUUAGUGCACUUCCUGAUAGAAUUGAAAUUGUAGAAAAGUUUCAAACAAAUGUAUUUCUACAACAGCAUAAUAUUCAUAUGUAUGAUGAAAGUAAAGGAGAAUCCGCUAUUUUUCGAAUUAUUGCUGAUUAUCAAAAAUGA